AAUGCGGGAAAUUUUUAAAGAAAAUCCGUAGAAUAAUGUAAAAGUUUUAAUCACAACUCGGUACUCAAAUUCCAUAUUGGCAGUCUACAGUCUACACGGUUUAAGAGUAUGAGUUUUAUAUCAGUAAUACCUUGCCUCACCAGAUGGACUAAUAGAUUGAGUGCUCUGUCGAGCGUCCACAGACUAGUACAGAUUAAUGUACAGAGGUCUAUGAACAGUGACAUACCGAAAUCGAAAGUACUGCAGAGUUUACCUGUACUUGAAAUAUCAAGCAAUGGAGAAUAUUCCAGUCAAAAUAUUCCAAUUAAAGAAAUUUUGAAAAAAGGGAAUAAUAAACUUCAUCUCAGAGAUCUACGAUUGUUUGCAAAAGUUGAGAGCAGUAAGUUAUGUGCUAUCCUACCAAGACCCCAGGCUGCUUGUUUUAUACUGGAGAUGGAGAGCAUAAGACUGAUCUGUUUUAAGGAAACCUGCUUAAUGCUGGAUAACAAAUCCGUCCUUCAAGAUGAAUUCUUUCAGCAUAUCAUGGCAAGCUUGUCUGGUGAAAACAUAAAAACCACGGAGCCUAGUUCCUUUCUAAAUCUUUACCAAACCAGUACAGAGAACGUCGAGUUCGCCUAUAAAGUGCUUGAGAGCGCCUUGGCAGUUUUAGUGGCAAAGUAUGAUAGAUAUAUCAGUAUCAUAAAGCCUGCAGCAGAUCUCCUGUCUGCUAAGAUAGCAGCAGAUCCACAAUCUGCCUCUCUCAGACGUAUGCUAGCGAUCAAGAAGAGCUUAGGAGUAUUCGAACGCAGUAUAGAGAAUAUGAUUCGGAUGCUACAGGGAUUACUGAGUAAAGAUGAAGAUCUCAUUGGUCUGUAUUUAUCUGAACAUGAGAGAAGGGUUGGGCAUCAUGAAGAGGUUGAGGUACUCCUUCAAUCCUAUCUAGCAGAUCUAGAGGAUAUGCUGACGACGAUUCGGAAUAUCAAGUCUAGUAUAGAUGACACAAACCAGUAUAUUAACGCUCAUCUAGGUACCUUGAGAAACGAGAUGAUCAGCUGGAGUCUGUAUAUGGAAAUGACGGGUGUUUGUAUGGGUGCAGGUUCUCUAGCUUCUGGUCUUAUGGGAAUGAAUUUAAUCCACGGACUAGAGGAGAAUCCGUACGCUUUCUUCGUAUUCACAUUUGGUAUGACGGGAUGCAUGCUUCUAGCAUUUGCUCGGUUCCUCACAUACUACAGGUCACUUUGGGAAGAUACAUCAAGUGCACAUAGUUUCAAGGUUAUAAAGAACUUCAUGAUGUACGUUGAAACGUUAGAGGAGGAGAUGAGUGGGGGGAAGAGUGAAUUAUCAGAGAAGGAGUUCAAGGACGCAUUGAACAGGAUUACAGGAGACAAGGUUCCAGAAGAAGAAGCUGAGUUCAUAUUCAGAAUGUUUGAUAAAAACAAGGAUAGAAAGAUUGAUACAAAUACAGAACUAAAUUUGUCAUCUUCUGGCGAUCGUAAAUAUAAGAGAAAUAACUAGA